GUCCAAACAUGCACCAGUUUUAGUUUCUCUCUCACGGUGGUUGGGACUUUUAUAAGGAAAAAAGCCAUUUUACAAUGAAAUGCAACCAUUUUCAUGAAUUUUAUUUUAUAAAUUUGCAAUAAAGACUCUAAAAAGGACAGAGGAGAAUUGAUUUCAAGCAAGAUAUUUUAUUUGGCUUUUACAAUGGCAGACGAACUGCGAUUAGUGUUAUUAGGAGGAUAUCAGAGUGGUAAGAGUAAUGUGGCACACUCCUUUUUAAAUGUUAAAUGUAAAUCUGACCAAACAACCACACAGUGUGUGAAGAUGGAAGGAAACAUACAUGGCAGGAAAAUCAUUCUUGUGGACACCCCAGGCUGGUGGAAGUUUUUUCAGUUAUGUGACACCCCAGAGCGUCUGAAAGCGGAGCUUGUUAGGAGCACAAAUAUCUGUCCACCUGGACCUCAUGUUUUUCUCCUGGUGAUAGAGGUUGAUUUUGCUUUCUCAGAGAAGCACAGGAAAGUGGCCGAGAGUCAUGUGCAGUUCAUUGGUGAUGACAUCUGGAAUCAAACCAUAAUAGUCUUCACAAAACUGGGUGACAAAACUAUAGAGCAAUAUGUAGAAAGUGAAGGGGAAAACUUGAACAAGCUUACUCAAAAAUGUGGAAAUAGAUAUGUUGGCUUUGACACUAACCUUGAUACAGAUGGCUCCCAGGCGAAGGAAUUAUUUAGGCAGAUAGAGAAACUUGUUGCUGAAAACAAUGGCUGCUUUUUUCAAGUUGAUGCGAGCAGGCUGAUGGAUUUGGAGAUUACAAUGAAAAAUGUGGAAGAGAAAGCAGCUGCCAGAGAACACCAAGUUUUGGAGAAGAGAAGAAAACUGAAAGAAAUCAAAAGUGCAGGUCAGUAUCGAAUUUUAGUUUGGUCGAGUUAUUUUACUCAAUAUAACCAUAAAUUGUUAGUAUAAAAGUUAUUAGUUGUUAACAUUUUAAUCAGCUCUAUGUAACAUGUAGACAACUACAGUAGAAAUGUGUCAUGGUGGCUGUGUAGUUUAAUCCAAAGAUGAGAAGCUGUCAAUUUUGGAUAAUGAAGAAAGGGGCAAAUACCCAAUUGCAGGAGAAAUAAUGGGCUUUUAUUACUAAAAAAACUACCCACAGGGGGAAAACACACUUGACAUGACUUGACUACAUUAGACUUGACUAGGCAGGGAAGCAAAACACGAGGUAACAUUCAACGACGAUCCAGCACAGGACUGCAAACACAAGGAGAAUAAAUAGGAAACAAGGCAGGUAAUGAGGGAGGACAGAUGGGGCAAAUGAACCAAUAAUCAGUUAACAAGAUGUGUGGGGUCAAAACAAUAGACAAUAGGUGUGUUCGACAUCAGCUGCGGCUGGAUGCAACCGAUUGGCGAGAGUAGCCCCAUACAGGUGGGAGGAGCUGAAAAUGGAGAUGUGAAG